GGACGCUCACCUGUCUAUCGCGAUGCUCAGUCCAGUGUAUACGUCGAUGGUUUCCACUGCCCCUUAAUGAUAUUUUUUAUUCAAUGAUUUCGUAGCAUUUCGUAACAACAUCAAAAUGGCGCCAGUACCUUUAGAAGAUCAUCAGACUCCUGUCACGAAUAAUAUACCGCAAGAGGGUAAUCGUGGGGGAUCUAUCUCCUUAGGCAUGCUCAUAGAUUUUAUAAUACAACGAACAUAUCAUGAACUCACUGUUCUUGCUGAACUAUUGCCUCGUAAAACAGAUAUGGAACGCAAAAUUGAAAUUUAUAAUUUUUCUGCUCGAACGAGACAAUUAUAUGUUCGUUUAUUGGCAUUAGUAAAGUGGGCGAACAGUGCAUCUAAAGUGGAUAAGUCUACACAUAUUAUGGCAUUUUUAGAUAAACAAUCAUUGCUCUUUGUUGAUACUGCGGAUAUGUUGGCAAGAAUGGCUCGUGAAACUUUGGUGCAUGCUAGACUUCCAAAUUUUCAUAUCCCUGCAGCUGUAGAAGUACUUACUACUGGCACUUAUGGUAGAUUACCAGCCUGUAUUAGAGAAAGAAUAGUGCCUCCAGAUCCUAUAACAGCUGCAGAAAAGAGAAGCACACUGCAAAGAUUGAAUCAAGUUAUUCAACAUAGAUUAGUCACUGGAAAUUUAUUGCCACAGAUGCGUAACUUGAAGAUUGAAGCAGGAAGAGUGACAUUUCUUGUAGAGCAAGAGUUUUCAGUAUCUCUUACAGUUAUGAGUGAUGGACCAACAGUUCCAUGGAGAUUGUUAGAAUUGGAGAUUUUGGUUUCAGAUAGGGAAACUGGUGAUGGAAAAGCAUUAGUGCAUCCCUUGCAAACUCGAUAUGUACAUCAGGUUAUUCAAUCACGAUUGGCUGAAAGUACCAAUCCAUUAUCAGAAGUGUAUUAUAUCUUGCAUUAUUUUUGCCAGUCAUUACAGUUAGAAGUUUUAUUUUCUCAAACAUUAAGGCUAAUUCAGGAUAGAUUAGAUGAUCAUAUUCAUGUGGAUGAAUAUGUACCUGGCAAAUGUCUCUCUGUAUCUUAUUGGAGGGAAUUAACGAAUAAAGAUCCACGAUCAGAACUUGGGUACAAAUUGACCAUUCAAGUAGAUCAGCAUGAUCCUGCGAGGCCUCUUGCAGUUGUACACAUUCCGUCAUUAGGUAGUAAGGAAAGUGAAAUAGCACAUAGAGCCAUUAGAUCUGAUCAGUUAUCAAUGGAAUGUUUACUUGUGCAUACAAUUUAUAUUCGGACGCGAAGUCGUCUCUCCGAAUUGAAACAAGAAUUACAAACAAUGCUGAAGGACGUCGAAUGUACUUUAGCAGGAUCUCCAGCUAUUUUGUCAGUACCGAUAUUACAACCGUGUUUACGUGCUGAGCUUCUAUUAGUUACAGUUGAUACUCAUACUGGUAUGUUACAAUGUCAUAUCCCUCAAUAUGAUGCGCCUCUUGUACCAGAAUUAACAGCAGCUUUGAAUGGGGAUCAUUCGCGUCUUCCGACACUUAUAUCUGAAUUGAGAUUUUGGAUAACACAAAGACGUUGCGAGAAAACAUUGCAGCAUUUAGCCGCUACUCCUCAUGAACGUUUGCCUGUCUUACAUCAUCCAGAUCACCCUAUGUCUAAGAUUAGUAGACACCGCAUGUUUGUGCAAUUGCAUAGACAUCCUAAUGUUAUACUGAUUGUUGCGUUCAAAGAAAAAGAAAAUUCACCAUGUGAAAUAGAGUGUUCCUUCUAUCUCGCUGUAGUGAAGCAUAGUUCCAUUGAAGAUGAUCCGCACGAUGAUAGUAUAGAAACAGAAAUACCAAAAAUGUAUCUAAAAGUUCAGAGUCUUAUUGAGUUUGAUACUUUUGUCAUUACACACGGGCCGUUUACAAGUGUCGACAGUGGGAAUAAUGAUCAAGAUGGGGGGUGCAUUACAGAAGUGGUGGAGACGACGAUGAGCAACAAACGUAGAAGCACUGGAAUCGGAGGAAGGACAGACGCGGUGGGAACAUCACAGAAUAGAAGAGCGAAACAUCCGGCUUACUUCAUUCCGGAAUUGGCGCAUGUUGUCGCUCUAUGCGACGAACGGAUACCAUUCGUAACUCUAGCUCAAGAACUUACUAGACGAGAGAUAGCUCAUCAAGGGUUACAGGUCGAAGCAAAUGCCACAGCAUUGGUACUUAAACUUGUACAAUUACCUGCGCCAUCGCCGACUAUCGCUACAAGCAGUGCUUGGCACGCUCUUCUCAAAAGGUUACUAAGUGUUUCGAUUAGAGUUCAAGGCAAAGGCAUGGCUAAAACUUGGAUGGUGGAAUUUGUAUUUUUUGGUAGUCCCCUCUCUAGUAGUCAUUCCAAAGAACAAGGUGUACGAAGACCAGUCUAUUUUCAAUAUGAAAUGGGAACAGCCGACACCGUCUCUCGUACUGUAGAUGCCUUAUUACAUGACUGGGCACAAAUAGUGCAUUUGUAUUCACUUGUUCAUGAUUUAGCUGAAUAUUUCAAAAUGGAGAAGUACAAUUUACGCAACAUGGUUAGCAUUAAGUCUUAUAGUUAUAGCAAGUUAGUUCUUGCAUAUGGUCCAAAUCAUGCUGCAAUUGUAACUGUACAAUGGAAUGAUAAAGCAAAUUUCAAACUAGUAUUUGGUAGAAGUCCAACCAAUACAGUGACUAAUGCGCAUUCUAUAAUGAAGGAACAGCUAGAAGCCCAUUUAAAUAGACAUAAGAAUUUGGCACAAAUUAUUCAUAUACUUAAUGAAACGCUUCAGCCGCUUACGUCGAUCAGUAAAUUACCGACAAUCCCUCAGUUAUGCGUGCAUGCGGUAAGUGCACGCGCAUAUCUGCCUUUUUUUGGUUCAGACUUACGGAUAAAUUCCUCUCUACAGAGACCACGAGUGCCAGUACAAACGUUUACUAUAAUGCCACAAUGUGUCACUUUAGUAAAGAUAGCGUAUCAAGGCAUGUAUUGUUUGGAAUUACGUUUGCGCGGCGGAGGUUUGGUGAGUUUACGUGACGGUGCUUAUAGUCAUUUUGACAAAAGUAACGUCGUCGACGAGUUCACACCCACGCAAGGCUUAAAGGCGUUUUUGUCGAAAUAUGUCGAUGAGAACGCGGUAUUUAGAAGAAGAUCUCAAUCGGAGGACGAUAAUCCACCGUCCCCCGUCACUAUGGAUAGCGAUGGUGGUGGAAGCAACGUAGGAGGGUUCUUAGGACAUCACAGAAGCGGACCGCAAUCGCCCGCGCAACAGCGUGAAGGUCUAAGAUUUCAUCCGCCACUCACACCACCAUCCGGCAGUAAUCCUCACACACCGGCCAGUCCUCAUACUACAAAUAUAUCCCAGGCCAGUCAACAUCAAAGUUUCGGAAGCAGUCCCGCAACAUCGUUUAAUUUAGCAUCCCCGCCAUCGUUACCACCGAAUACACCUAACAUGUUACCACAUCCAUCUCCUGGCUCGGGACUCGUUGCAAACAGUCCUCUAAAUCCAAUGCAUGUUCCUAGUCCGGCUGGUCUUAUGCCAACAUCGUCACCUGGACCUUGUAGUAAUGUUCAAGUAGGACAUUCGCCUGCUGGUUCAUUCAUGCAGACAGGUCAUAUCGAUGGUAGUCCUUUUCCAUCUUCUCAAAGUAUGGCCUCACCGGCUGCUUCCAAUUGGCCUGGAUCGCCGAGUGUACCAAGACCAUCUCCUGCGAGACCUGGGCAAAGUCCGGGUCAUGUGGCACUGCAUAGCCCGCAAGCCUCUGAUCACAAGACCGGUAGUCACAUGUCCCGAGUAUUACCGCCGAGAUCUUGGGCUGGCGCCGUACCGACGCUUCUCACGCACGAAGCGCUAGAAUCGCUUUGUUGCGCCUCACCGCAUCCAUCCGGCUUACCCGGUCCGGAUAUGUCACCGCUUGAGAGAUUUCUGGGUUGUGUCUACAUGAGGAGACAAUUGCAACGCUUUAUUCAGACAGACGAUUGUGUGACUGGUAUCAAUAGUACCGAACCUGGCGUAGUACAUUUUAAAGUCGAAAGCUUACAAUGUAGAGUUGGAUUAAAUCCGCAAUAUUUCCAAUCUCUUCACAUCAAAGUGCAACCACUUCCAGAGUACAAAGAUCAGUGGACUCUGGAAGAGUUACAAAUUAUAGAAAAAUUCUUUGAUACACGAGUCGCUGCUCCGCCUUAUAAACACAACACACUAUCUGGUUUCGGCAGAAUGCUCAAUAUACGUUUCAAGGUGCUGAAAGACUUUGUGCAAAUAAUGAAGCUAGAGUUAGUCCCCGGUCUUGUGCAGCAACAGCAACUGAAAUGGUCCGUGCAAUUGUGCUUGCGUAUUCCACCUUCUACCGGACAGAUUGUGCCCCCGGGAUCAGAGGGAGUGCAUGUUUGCAGAAGCAAAAUUUUAUUCUUUUUACAACUUACGAGAAUAGGUAUGUCAUAUCCGGGAGAAACGUCCUUCGUACUACCAUUUGUAUAUGAUGUCACGACAAAUGUAACGCAAUUGGCGGAAAGAAGAGAUCUUAAUAUUAGUCCAGCGAUUACGGCAGCGUCUAUGCAGUUAAAGAGAUUCGCCGACUACGGGGCAAAUCAAUCGGAAUGUUCGUUAUUUCCUUCUGUAAGGGAUCUUUUAGCUAAUUUCACAUUACCAUCGGAACCGCCGGUUAUAUCACAGGUUGUGGCAUCUCCUGCGGGAAAUCAGGUACCUUCUACACAGCAGAUUCAAAACGCAGCGAUGCAAAUGCACUCGCCUAUGGCUGGCGGCCAAGGACCACCGCAGGGACCAUACGGAAUCCAGAGUAUGCCACCGAUGAGUAUGAUGGGCGGUCCGCCUCAAUAGGACUUGCUUUACUCUCCUAAUCCCCUUUGUCUGCCGAAUCAUCCGACGUGGAUGAAUUAGGAAUGUAAAUGUAAUGUUCGGUCCCUUUAUUAGAGGACGCGCACGUUUAUUCCAUCACGAGCAGAUUUACAUUUUAUGGGGAAGAUUUUAGGAGAGAUAGAUAGCGCUAUACGUUUGCCACAUUCAACCCGAGAAAGAUAGAGAGAAAUAGCAAGAAAAUUGUUGAGCUGUUCUUGUAGAUAAUCUGGCAUCUCUGAAAUUGCUAUUAAAGAUACACGUAUAUCUUAUCAUCAGCUAAAAAUCGACUAUGUAUGUGUGUACACUGUUCAUGAUAAGUAUAAAACGCUGAAAAGAAUGUAUAAAUUGUAUUAUAUGGAUAACUAAAGGAGAUAGCUAAAGGAAAUUUAAUAGAGAAUUAUUGCCAAUAAUUGUCAUGAAAAAUUUUUUUUUUAUUUACAUUCUCCUUGAUAUUAGCUGAUAUUCUUCAUUAAAAGUUAUCUGUAUAUAAAUAGAGUACAAAUCUGUUAUUGAGAUAAGUAUUCUUUUGUAACAUAUAAGCAAUCUGAUGUAUCAAAAUGUGAAUAUGAAAGAAUAAAAUUCACAUUGUUGCAAAUUACAAAACAUUUACAAAAAUGCAAAUGUAAAAAUAUUCACAAGUUCAUAGACGUAUUAAGGAUAAAACGUACUGUAUGUCUCCUGAAGUAUAGUAUUUAUGGACACGAUUCUAUUUUUUAAAGAAUGAAUAUGUUUAAUAUUAUUUUACGAAUAAAUGUGUAGAAAUCUAAAUGUUUAUACAAAAGAUAUGAAAUGAAUUUUAAAAAAUGUCUAACUUUAUACUUACUCGUCCGUUUUAUAAUAUGUGAACAAAGAAUCUAUUUACAUUUAAUUAUUUUCAUAAUCGUUGUUGGAAUGAAUCGAUAAAAUAAACCAAUUUGCACCAACAUUGCAUACUUUAUCUGGAAUUUAUGAAUAAUAUAAAAUUUUUAUUUUGGUUCUGCGUGUACAGCUCUUUUUUACAAAAAACAUGUAAUACUCUUAACAAAAAUCAAUCGUACUAUAUUCUUAAUAUAUGUAAUUGUACAAUAUAUACUCAUACAGUUAAUAAUAAUAUAUUGGAAUACAACUGUAUAUCGAUAAUCGCAUCUCAAAUAUAUGUACACUUUUAGGUCAGGUAUCAGUCUCUGUAUAUAAAAUUUGAAUACAUCUUGAUACAACUAUUUAAUGAAUUCUGAAUUGCAUCAAAACAAAAAUGAAUAUACCUAUUAAAAAUCUUAAACUUUGAACUUAAAUUAAGCAAUAUCAUGUGUUUUGGACCGUGGAUCUAUGUUGUUUUGUCCUUUUU